AUGGAAACUAUGAGAAUUCUUAUACUCAUUUCAUUAGCUGCUGCCAUUGUUCAAUCAGAAUAUUAUGCCAAUUACAACGAUCCAUUGACAAGAGAUUCCAUGAAUUUCGAAAAACGAGCGGUGCCAUCUAUGCGCAAUAUGAUCAAUUUAAACAAAAGAAGUGACAGUGACAACGGCGCAUUUGACCGCGAGUUUCUCCAUUUCGGCAAACGAGAGGUGCCAUCUAAGCACAAUAUGAUCAAUUUAAACAAAAGAAGUGACAGUGACAACGGCGCAUUUGACCGCGAGUUUCUUCAUUUCGGCAAACGAGAGGUGCCAUCGAAGCACAAUAUGAUCAAUUUAAACAAAAGAAGUGACAGUAACAGCGGCGCAUUUGACCGCGAGUUUCUCCAUUUCGGCAAAAGAUAA